AUGGACGCUUCUGCUUUCGAUGCCGCCUCCUACCACCCGAUACCCCACUACAAUGAGAUGGAAUCAGAUUAUAUGCGUUAUUUAUGCCACAACAGCAAGAAGACGCCUGCUUCUGCAGCCGGUCCUGUAAUCGUGAAAGAGUUGUUCUCUCGCGUUUAUGAACUUGAGACGCAAAUUCAACGGCUGAAUAAUUUGAAUCUCGAUAAAAAGUCUGCUGCCGCCUGUGUGGCUGCUGCUAAGACAGCUUCCGCAGCUAAGCCAGCACCGGCCCCAAAACCAGCCGACGACGAGGAUGACGAUGAUGAUCUUUUCGCCUCUGACGAUGAAGAGGAAGUGAGCCGCCGCAAACAGGAAAUGGCUGCUAAGAACGCAGCUGCCAAGAAGGAGAAGCCGGUUGCCAAGUCCCUGAUCAUUUUGGAGGUAAAGCCCUGGGAUGACCAGACAGACAUGGAUGCUAUGGAGAAGGGCGUCCGUGAAAUCACCGCUGAUGGUCUCGUCUGGGGCACUUCGAAACGCGUUCCUGUGGUCCAUGGUAUUUAUAAGCUGCAGAUCACCUGUGUUGUAGAAGAUGAUAAGGUUGGAACCGACUUCCUAGAGGAGAACAUAACCGCUCUAGAAGAUUAUGUGCAGUCCGUGGAUGUGGUUGCUUUCAACAAGUUGUAA